CUUCUUCCUCCUACCGUACGGUAUCCAGCCAAAAGCACAUAGCGUCCUUGCUAAAAACCAGACCACACCUCGUCCCCAUCCCCAAGCAGACUUGCUCUUUCAAGAGUUCAUGUAGUCUUCAGCGUUCUUGUGUUUGCCCCGAUCAUCCUCAUAGCGCCUAGAUAGGCCAGCACAGUGGUACUAUCAGCCACAGUGGUACUAUCGAGUAAUCUGUUUCUAAUCCUACUUUGGUGGUGCAUGCAGUGGACCCAUAGUUCUGUUGGCUGAUUGAAUUCAUUCUCCGAAGAAAGCGAAUUCAAAUCGACUUACGUACCCAACGCCCGUGAAGAAAAGAUGCAUGAUUAUCCCAAGUUUCAUGUGAGCAGCAGCAAGACGAGAUCCACCAUGGCCGAACAACAUCCCCACAACAAUCAAGGCCACCACGGCCACCACGACAAGAACGGUAGCACCGACCAGGAAGUGCCUGUCGCCUAUGCCGAAUCAACCGCCCUUUACGAUGGGGUAUACGCGCUGCCCCUGGCCACCACCAACACUCCUAGUUCCAUGGUGCGACUGACAGCCGAACAAGAAACCAAUCUGCAAGCACAUGGAUUUCCGAUUGGACUAGCGCAGGAACUGGUCGCCACAGUGCGGUCGAAUCCAAUUCGUUUCUGGACAAUAGAUAACUCGGGCAGUAUGUGGACGUCCGAUGGUCACGUCCUCCGAGGAAAGGACAAGAAUACACAGCUCAUCCCUUGCACCAGGUGGGCCGAAAUGCAAGCCACAGUGCAAUGUCAUGCCGAAUUGGCCGGCCUGCUAGAAGCCACCACCAUCUUUCACAUGCUCAAUCCGACGGGUGAUCCCCGUGUUCCACAGAAUUUCAGUGUCGCCGAGCACGGCGCCGAUGCCAUUCCGGAAGAUAUCAACAAUGCCACAAUGGCCAUGCUCACCUGUCAACCGCAAGGUCCCACCCCAUUGACGGACCGCUUGAUUGAAAUUCGAGAAAAAAUCGUUCCCAUUGCCAGUUCCUUGGCGAAGAAGGGACAAAAGGCCAUUGUCGUGAUUGCCACUGAUGGCUUGCCCACGGAUGCCUAUGGUGGGUCUCCCGAAGCGGCACGGGAUUUUGUGAAUUUACUCCGCUCCCUGCAAAGUUAUCCCGUCUGGUUGGUGAUUCGACUGUGUACGGAUGACUUUGAAACCCGGACCUUUUACAACAGUCUCGAUGAAGAACUGGAAUUGCCGCUAGAAGUACUCGAUGAUCAUGCGGCGGAAGCCAAGGAGGUUUCCAGGCAUAAUGGAUGGCUGAAUUAUGGAUUGCCCAUUCACAGAACUCGUGAGCUGGGAUAUCAGCAUCGUCUGUUUGAUCUGCUCGAUGAGCGCCCUUUGAACAAGGACGAAGUCAAGGAAUUUCUGGGUGUGCUCUUUGGAAAGAGUCUCUUUGAGAAUGCACCCGAUGUACACACCGAUUGGCGGGGAUUCAUCAAGGGAGUCUCUCGCGUCGUGAAGAAUCAACAAUACCAGUGGAACCCCAAAUCACAAAAGAUGGAACCGUGGGUGGAUGUCAAAAAGUUGGAUAAAAUGUUUGGUGAACGUCUGUCUUUGUUUGCCAGGAUGGGGUCGUCCGCCAGGAGGAGCAGUCGAAAGUCAAUGGCCAAAUAAUAAAGAGAGUUCAAAGAGCCAGCCAGAAUGGACGGAGACGUGGUGUUGUCGAUCGAUGGGGCAAAAGUUUAGUGUACGCGAACCGCACAGCGACAAAUUCGAUAGUGAGCCGACGCUGGAAGGCUUCUGCCUCGAAACAGGAGAGAUGUCGAGCCAACCACAGCAUUCCGGGGACAGGACGAUUCGAGCUGUCGUCGAUGAUUGAUUAUAGCGGUAGACGUUGUGCUUUCAUACAUAAUAGAUGUACUCUUUUACGGUC